AUGUGUGUAUGUCUUUUCGCAAUCGCCGCCCUAGUGGAGGCUACAGGCAAUGGCGGCUUGACGCCCCAUAGCCCCGCCCCUCCGACAGAGGAAGGCUGCAGAACUCUGUGUCAUGCCCCCCCCACACACCCCCCUGGGGGCACUGGCCUGCCCCCACCCAGCGCUCCCACACACUUGGCCAGACCCGUCUUUCUCUGUGUCCUCUGCCUCCUGGCGGCGCUGCUGCCACCGGCCUCCUCCUGCCCUCCUCCCUGUCACUGCUCCUCAGAUGGCCUGGUGGUAGACUGUGGGGGCCGGGGUCUCUCUUCCCUGCCUCCCCUGCACCUCCUGCCUCCAGGGAGCCGCUCCUUCCUGCUAGCCAACAACAAGCUUGCCUCGCUGGGAGCCUCUGCCUUUGCUAACCUCUCCUCUCUGGAGGAGCUGGACCUCUCCAAUAACUACCUAGAUAAUUUACCAGCUGGAUUAUUCAGAGAUAUGUCCAACCUGACGAGACUGACUCUGCACAACAACUCACUAACGGUAAUGGACAGAGACCUCUUCCAGGGUUUGGGGGGUCUUCAGAGUUUGGAUCUGUCCCUGAACGGACUGUCCUCUGUUCCACUGGGGCUACUGGACGAGCUGCAGAGCCUCAGGUGGCUGUCUCUAGCAGGCAACAGGCUUCAUGGUUUGGAGAGAGCAGCGUUUGAGCCCCUUGCCAACCUCCAACACCUGGAACUGGGACACAACCCCUGGGAAUGUGACUGCAACCUCCGCGAUUUCAAACACUGGAUGGAGUGGCUGCUGUACAGAGGGGGGAAGGUGGACGCGGUGGAGUGCACACUACCCAAGGAUCUGCGUGGGCGAGACAUCCGUGGCGUUCCAGUGGAAAUGUUCAACUACUGCCUCCAACUCGAAGAUGAGAAUGGAGGAGAGGAUUCCCGUUCUGGACAAAGAGGCGUUCCUCCCUGUAGCAGGAACGCUCUUAACCCCAGCGGGGCAACACCAAUUUCUGACAACAGCGGCAACACUGGUGACGACUCCUCUUCAAACACAGGAGGGGGAGGCGGGGGUGGGGAGGCCCAGUCGGAUUGUGUGCGCACCCGUUACCGACCCGUGAGCGUGCGGCGUGCCAUUGGCACGGUGGUGAUUGCGGGUGUGGUUUGCGGCAUUGUUUGUAUCAUGAUGGUUGCAGCUGCAGCGUAUGGCUGCAUCUAUGCCUCCCUGAUGGCCAAAUACCAGAGAGAGCUGAAGAAGAGGCAGCCGCUGAUGGGAGAUGGAGAGGCAGACGGGGAGGAUAGGGAGGAGAAACAGAUCUCCUCUGUGGCCUAGAGGAGUGAUGGGACGGGGGAGGGUUGGCAUGUCAAUGGGUGAAGGUUGGAAGGGCGAAAAUUUAAAGGGCUCAAAGAGGAGAGAGAUGGAAGAGUUUGUUUUAUGCACACAGACAGUUAUGGUAUCUCUCCCUCUGACUCUCAAACUGACACCUUUCUCCCACUUUCUGUCUUCCUUUCUUCGUCCUCUUUCUAUUUUUAUCCUUCUCCCUCUCUGUCCCUCCCCCUAACACACUCCCUCACACACAUACCUUAUCUGUUCCCUGAUUUUCUCUUCCAUUUGGAGCCCUUCUCACUGCAGUAUUUGCUACCAAUCAUCCCUCCAACUCGCCUACCAACCACCUACUGCUGCUGUUGGCUGCUGCUGAAUUUACCAUUCUAUUGGCCGAGUGAAAUGGUACUCUCUCUUGUAUGACACAUAUCAUUUAAGCUGUUAUAAGAUACUCGUGGUGUACGGUCAGUCAGUAUUUGCAGAAACUGGAUUGAAUUUUCAGGGAUUUACAGCAUGUAUGGUGGCAAUUGGACCAAUAUUCACAAUAAUGAAAAGAAUCUGUGGUAUUAGGCAGUGCCUGGCUUGUGCUUUGUUUGCAUCUUUCUCCUCCUAAACCUCUCCAAAGCCAGUAGUUCCUCCAAAAAACCAGGACCCCAGUCCAGGACCCUUCACCCUCGUCUGGCCUAAUGCUCCUCUGAUGUUCCCUUGGACCUCCACAUCCCAAAGAAACAGACAAUAUUGGAAAAGUUGGAGGAAAUGAGGGAAACUUUGUGGAUGAAAACAAAAGAGAUGUCAUUUAUAUAGUCAACACCUCUCUAGUGCUUUGUCACAGAGAAUCCACUGGGGAUACAUACAGAUUAUAUGAUAAUAGGAUAUGGAGUCUCCUGAGUCUUAUGUCUCUUGGGACUUGUUACGGAUGCUUAAUGUACAAUGAUAAUCCAUCUGAAUUGACAAAAUGAUUAUUCAUGGAUGGAAUAAAAUAGAUUCUAUCCUAUCUGGACCACAUCUGUUUCUCUCUGGACCAACAACAUCCUCCAGGUUUCACAGACUGGAGCUGUGUGCAUGAGAUUCUACCAUGGAUACUAUCAGUCAGUUCAAUGGGGAACAAACCAUGUAACUGGAAUUCGAAUUUCCUGUAUGUGUCCCUUGUCCUCAGAAAAAGGCUCUUGCUUACUGAUGCUUGUUAAAUGAUUAUGAUCAGCAUCUGGACAGAUCAAAAACCUUUUAUCAUGGCGAGAAAAGGAAUCAAAUAAAUGUUCUGGUAUUGGACUCUGCCUCUAGGCUGGUUCAGAGACGUCUUCACAAUGGUUUUAAUGAAGAGAUUUAAAGGACCACAGACUUUGCUUUAAAGCAAAUAUUCUUUGUUCUGAGCUCAUUUUCAGACUGAUUUCACCCUCAGGGGUGAGAGUUUGCUACUAUGGCAUGGAAAAACUAUCUCAGAGAACCCUGUCCACUGGCAAGGACUACAAAAAUCCAUCUAAGGACUACAAACUUCAGACUCCUGCACUUUAUUUCCCCAAUCAGUUCCCCUCUUGCCUCCCUCUCCUUCUCCCCUUCCCUCUCUUUCUUUCUAAGAAGGAUGAUUUGCCCAGAGGGAUUAUAACGAACGAGGGAUUAAACAAAAAGACGCUGCUAUUUUUCCCCCUCCUCCUUCUUGUCCCUUUAUCUCUCUUUCCAUCUUUCCAACCAGUGCUAUUUAUGGAAAGUUUUUCACACUUCCACCUCCUUUCUUUCCUUUCUUCAGUCCCUUCUGCCAUGUUGUUGUCCCUUGUGUUUUUCCCAAAGGAUUUGCAAUAUGCAAUGGAAGUUAUAUCACUAUAACUUGAAAAUGUAGUCACUGCCAAAGAGUCUGUUCUGUUAUCAGCUCAAUUUAGUAAUCAUCAGUAAUUUAAAUCAGUUUGAUUAGCACACUUUCUGGAUGCAUUCACAGCAAAAAAUUGUUUGUUUUCUUUACAUAGUGUUUUCACAAAUAUCCUAAUUUACGCCUUCAAAAUAUUUUUGUAAAAUUUAACAUUUUAUCAUUAGCAGAGUAGGACACUUGUGUCAUAAAUCAUAAACUCAUAAAUCUGGCUUUCAUUGCAUAUUGCUCCCCCUGCAGUAGAACUACUGUUCCCUUUCAAUUUUUAAUUGGCUGGAAGUAAACUUAUACUAAUAGUGUGUUAUAUUAUACCUGGGUAUGAUACAGAUAAAUAUUACUAUACUAGUCUCUACUAUAGUGUGUUGGCCCAGCGAUCCCCAAAAUGUUUUUGACGUAACUGUAUCAAUUCAUGAUGUAUGUCUUUUGUUGUGUUUAUAAUGUCUGUGUUUCCUUCCAUUUUAGGUUUUAAAAUCUAUGUAAUGUUUGAUUAUUUGUCGUGUUUUAUUUCAUUUGUGUUCAGUAGUUGGUGAAGUUUCUGUAAGAAGCAUAGAAAGAGUUUGGCCAGAGUGUAAAAGGGCCCCAUGUUGCUGCCUCGUCUCUGAAAUUUAGCAUUUUGAUACUACUUAACAUUGAGUCACACAGGCAACAAGUAACUUUUUUGUUUUAAUAUGAUUUUCUUCCUUACUUAAUGCUGUAGGGCUGGCUUUAUCUCCUACAAAUUACCUUUGAUUAUAUUAUGCAACUGGUCAGAAAUAGUCAGUUGAAUACCUUCAUCAGUGGGUCAUAAGCUCAGUCACCAUUGUGUUACCUCAUUAAGUGAUAGAUAAUGACUUAACAAUUAUUUAAAUGAAAUCUUUGAGACUACCACUUUAACAUGACCCAACUUGAGGAAGUGAGAAAGUGUUAGGUAAGAGAUGGGAGGGAAUGGUCAUGGUUAAAUUAUAAAAAUGUCAAAGAUAAUGUCUUGUAUAAGAUGGGACUUGAAAUCAGAGUGUUGAAGACACACUCUUACAUUUUGCUGCCUUUAUGAACAUUACACUACUUCUUGCAUCAAUAGUGACACCCCAGAAAGGUUGCAUAUAAAUCUUUUUUGUAGGAGAAUGAACUGGUGGGAUGCAUAAGUCAAGAUGCACAAGAUGCUUGAGUUGAGUUUGGUUUACGAUUAUUUGACCCCUCAGACCAAUAUUUGUAUUAUAAAUUAAUUCUAAUUAAGCUGGAAGGCUUAAAUUAAGAAUUGGCAUCUUCAGGAGAUGCGUGAACAUGUAGAAAACUGCUAUUUUAAAGGGAUUUAAGUGGCAAGUAUAAACUUUGCCAUUAACUUCAAAGGGACUCAGAGGCAGUAACUGAAAGAAAAGCAACAUCUAAACUCUUUCUAUAAAUCUAGAAACAUCAUCCUCUCACUCCCUGGUCUGCAGGUCUUGUGUUGUUGGUAGCUAAGUAUCUUAGCUAGCUGAAUCCUGUUCCUAUAGCCUGUGUGUGUAAAGAGUAAUAAAUUAUAGUUUGCUACGUAAAAGCUGCAGCAGCCAUGUUGACUGAGGGCCUCAAAGACUUCAAUGCCCAGAGAUCUAUGGUGUGUUGUGUUAUUAUGAUGAUUGUGAUUAUGACGAUGAUGAUAUGAUGAUGAAGCAUUUCCUGGUCAAUAUGCAUUAAUUUAAAUAAAAACAUAUCACACUUAUGUCAAACUUA